AAAAAGGCGGAUUUCUAUUUAAUAUCUUGACAUGGUUUAAAAACAGUCUGACGUGCGAAUUCCACAAGAAUUAAAAAAAGAAAUAACAGUGCAAAUAUAUUUUGAAAAAAUGUCAAGAAUUGGAAAAAUUAAAACUGUAUGCUGCAAAAACUUUGUUACAUAUAGCAAAUGCGUAUUUAACCCUUCGGAAUAUCUUAAUGUUAUUAUUGGUCCAAAUGGGACAGGGAAAUCUACAUUAGUAUCAGCUAUUGUCCUUAGCUUGGGAGGUGAACCGAUAUUACUUGCUCGAUCUAAUUCUAUUGGUGACUACGUUAAAAAUGGUUGCGAAUCGGCAACAGUUUCUGUUGAAGUAUUCGAUAAUGAUGACAGUGUUGAUACCAAGACUACAACGUUUCAACGGUCUUUCGAUAUAAAUAACAAGUCCCAGUUUUUUAUAAACGGACAAGCGAUGUCUAAGAAGAAUUUUCUAGAAAUUGUAUCGAGAUACAAUAUUCAAAUAAAUAAUCUUUGCCAAUUUUUGCCUCAGGACAAAGUACAGGAUUUUGCCAAAAUUGAGCCUUCCGAAAUACUCCAGAAAACAAUUGAUUCUGUAUGCCAAACGGAAGAUAUUGAAAAUUUUAAAAAGUUAAAAGAAUUAAGAAAUCAACAAAAAAAUGGAAUUUCGGAGCAUAAAAAUUUGGUUCAGAAAUUAGAAGAAACGAAACUGCGCGUUGAAGAGCUUAAAGUACAAUUGGAAAGAUAUAAUGCUCGCAAAGAUAUUGAAGAGAAAUUAAAUGUCUGCAACGCUAAAAAGCUAAUGCUUGAAAUAGAAAAGCUAAAUAGCGAGAUUUCAGAAUGUGAGAAUGAUCUCCAAAUAGCCAAAACAAAUUUCAAAAAAAGCGAUAAAGAAUAUAAAGCAAUUAUUAACAAAAAGAACAUGAUUGAUACCACAACAGAAAAAUUAAAGAGAGAAAUUGAGGAAAUGGACCGUAAUUUGAGAGUUACCGAUGCAAGCAAAUCAAAAAUUAUAAAUGACAUUGAAUUAAUAAAAAAGAGGAUAAGUGAAGAAAAAUCUAAAUUUGAGAAACGCAAACGUGAGAGAAAUGAGAGGCAAAGUGAGAUAAUAAAAGAAACAAAAAUGCUUGAAGUAUACGCCGAAGACUUAAGAAAUUUAAAUGAGAAUAAGCUUGCAGACGCUCAACGAAAGAUUGAAAGCGAGAGUAAAUUGAAUCAAUGUAAAUUGGAAACGAAACGUCUUAGUAAUGAGCUCAGAAAUAUAUCGAAUCAACUAAACGAUAGUAUUCCUGAAAUUCAACAUCUUAAAACACGGCUUAAACAACUAGAAAAUGAAACUGAACAAAAAAUGCAGUUUUUAAAAAUAAAACAUCCUGAUGUAUAUGAAGCAAUCCUCUGGUUAAACUCAAAUAUGGAACUGUUCGAAGGUCGUGUUUACAAGCCAUUAAUUAUAGAGUUAAAUGUAUCAAAUCCUGAGUUUGCAAAAUAUAUAGAAAACACAAUUAACUUGCGCGACCUUUUGGCAUUCUCUUGCGAAAAGACAUCUGAUGUUUCGACGCUCGUUUCAGAAUUAUGUGUUAACAAAAAAUUAAUGGUGAACGUAUUUCAUGCACCAAUACCAAAUGAAUCAAUUUUUAUUCCAAAAUUAGGAAUUGAACAAAUUCGUCAAUAUGGAUUUAACGCAUAUUUAAUAGAUCUAAUAAAUGGUCCACCAGCUCUCUUAGGAUAUUUAUGCUCAUUGUGUAAUUUACAAAACAUACCAUACGGUGCUAAUGAUGUCAGCAAUUUUACCGACCAAAUACCAAAUGAAAUUCGAUGCUAUUAUGGCGGUAAUAUGCGAUAUCAACUAACUAUUUCCAAAUAUGGCAAUAGGGAAAAGUAUCUUAUGCAAUCUCAUAUUAAAGGCAAAGGAUUUCUCUCAAGUAAAGACGAGCGAGAAAUUAAUAAUAUUAAACACAGGCUGGCAGAACUUAAUCCUAUAAAUGAUUCACUACGAAACAAACGUGCUUCUAUCGAAGCAGAAUUGCGCAAAAAAGAAGUUUGUGCUAUGGAGCAUAUUCAAGUAUUAAAAGAAAUUACAGGAAAACUUAAAGAAUUUGAACAGAAAUCUAACCAAUUGAAACGACAACAACAUAAAAUCUCUGAACUAAAAAAGGAAAUAAUUGCUAUACCCGAAAUGGAACGAGCCUUGAAGGCAAAUGGAUUACAACUUUUUAAGGAUAUAACGCAUCUACAAAUAAAGAAAAUUGAUGCAUUUAAUGCAUUUCAGAUGGCCAUUGCUAAAAAAUCCUAUUCGAAAUUAAAGAUGUCAAUAUUUAGGCAGGAGAAUGAAGAGCUAACAAAUUUUAUACAGACUGCAAAAGAAAAAAGGGAUUCAGCAGAGAAACGAGUAGAAAUAAUCCAAAACAAAUGCAACGCGAUAAAACGUGAUUCCAAAACAAAAUUAAACGAAGCUAAAAUAGCAUUAAACAACAUGGAUCCAAAUGAUGUAAAUUUUCCUCAUCGGGAUUUCUAUUUAAGUUUACCAGAUAAUCUUGAGGAACUUCGUGAAUCAAUUCACGACUUUAGUGGACGUUUAGACUGCAUGGAUAACCUGGAUACAGAAAUUGUGCGAGAGUUUGACGAAAGAAGAAAUGAUGUGGAAUCUUUGAAGAAAAAAAUAUCGACUAAUGAACUAGGUGAUAAUAAUUACAAUACUGAAAUCAAGUCAAUCUUUGAUAAAUGGUUUCCCCAAAUCAACAAUGUUAUUAUGACUAUAAAUAGCCAUUUUAGCGAUUUUAUGCAGUCCAUGAAUUAUGUGGGUGAAGUAAAAUUGGUAAGAAAAGAAGAGUUUGACUUUGAUACAUAUGGCAUUGAAAUAUUGGUACAAUAUCGUAAAAAUGUUGCUCUUCAGCCCUUAAGCCGAAAUGUGCAAUCGGGUGGAGAAAGAGCUGUGGCUAUAGCUGUUUAUACGUUAUCAAUGCAACAUAUUACACAUGUACCUUUUCGAUGUGUAGAUGAAAUUAAUCAAGGUAUGGACGCUCGAAACGAACGAAAAGUAUUUGAAAUGCUGGUCGAUGAAACAACUAAAAUAGGACGAGCUCAGUAUUUUUUUGUCACUCCAAAGCUUCUGCGUAAUCUGAAGACCCAUGAACGAAUGUCUGUACAUGUAGUAUAUAACGGAAGAAUGGUUCAGUCCCAAAACGUGUUUUCUUUUCAGCCUUAAACACGUGCCCGUACUAUUUACUUAAUUAAACUGUUAAAAUACUUUGAUUAUUAAUUUAUUUUUUUAUAAUAAACCUUUAUUUUAAACCAUAAA